AUGAAAUUCGGCAAGACUUUAUUGCAAAAUGAGAUCCCUGAAUGGUCCAAAAGCUACCUGUCAUACAAAGCUUUAAAGAAAGCUAUCAAAGAAGCUGGUGUACGGCUACCACCCUCGGAAGAAAGCACCACUGCCAUCUUGUUCCAGUUGGAUAGAGAAUUGGAAAAAGUCAACACCUUUUACAUGUACAAGCGCUCACAAAUUGAUCGGCGGUUCUGGAUCGUCUCUGAAAAGUACAACCAGUAUUGCAAGGCAACAUCUUAUUAUCUCGACCCAUCCACCACCACCACCACCACCACCACUUCAGAAGCAGCAGAAGCAGCAGCACCAACAACAAGCCAUGAUGAUACAAAGGAACUCAUUAGCGCCUUGCAAGAGACACGUGCUCAAAUGCGUCGAAUCCUAUGGUUUGCAGAAAUGAAUGCCCAAGGCUUUAGAAAGAUUUUGAAAAAAUUGGAUAAGAAACUUGGAUUGGAUACGCAACAAGUCUACUGGGAAACCAAGGUUGCUCAACUACCGUUUGUCACCCAAGAUGAGAUCGUCAAGAAUAUCGACACACUGACACAAUGGUUAUCGGAUAUGGCCGUCAAUGAUCCUGUAUCGGGUGCAUCCACACCAGCCUCUGCAAAGUAUUAUCAAACCGGCAUCAUCCGUGAUCUUGGCAAGCAUGAAUCCUUGGCGCAUGCUAUUGAUGACGAUCGUGUGGAUCAGAUGAAGCAACAACUACAAGUCUUGGGUAGUGGCAGCGUGGAUCAGAAAUUUGGAUAUGCAAUGCUUGAACGAGCAGCCAUUAAAGGAUCACCAAGUUGUCUCGAGUAUCUCUUGUCCUACGUCAAGGUGAAUCCCAUGGGACGAUAUGACAUCAACGAACGCAACCUGUUGCAUAAGCUUUGUAUUGGCGUACGAGAGGAUUGGGUGGAAGAGAACGCUUUCUCCAAGGCGAUACAAGCUGUUGUUCAAAAACUAUUGGAGGUGGCACCCGAUCUCAACACUCAGGUGGAUUGCAUCGGGCGUCGUCCAUUGCAUUAUGCUGCUGAAUUUGGACAAGCUGCACUUGCACAGCUAUUUUUAUGCCAGGCAAUCGAUACAAGCGAUUACAACAACAACAAGGGUGGAUUUGCUGGUCCAGCAUGGCAAGAUCGUGAAGGACAUACGCCUCUCUUUUUGGCUAUUCUCCAUGGCAACUACUUGACACUCAAGGAAUUAGUCGAGACUGGCAAGAUUAAUGAUAUUGACGGCAUUAUUGCUGCUGCGUCAGCUCAACGUGUUCCCAAUGGCGGCGUGGAUGAACAUGAUGAUGCUGCUGCUACUGUACCUGAAUACGUUCACCGAUCACACCAUCCCUCUGCUACGGCGUUAGCAUGCAAUGUGUGUAACCUUGAUUUAUUACAAUUGUUGAUUGCCAAGGGUGCUUCAGUCAACCUGGCGGAUGAAGAUGGCGAGACGGCUUUAUUGAUUGCAGCACGUCAUCAUUUCACUGAAGGUGUGCGUAUUCUUAUCGAUCAAGGACAUGCGGAUGUGAAUCACGCUGAGAAUAUCAAUGGAUGGACAGCCCUUAUGAUUGCUGCUAUGGAGGGUUGCAUGGAUAUCGUUCAACUUUUAUUGGAUCAUGAUGCUGACAAGGCGGCUACGGAUAGUAAUGGAUGGGCUGCCUAUGAGCAUGCAGUGUUUCGUGGUUACCUUGAUAUUGGACGCAUGACAAAGCCCGACAACAUCCCUGAUCGGAUUGAUAAUGAGGAUACACGAUCCAUCGGCAAAAAUGAAUCUCUUAGCCAUCAUGCAUUGGAAGCAAGAUCACGAGCAGGUCGUUUAUAUGGGCACAAGUACCUCACUGAUCAAUCCAUGAUUAUCAUCAAGCUUGGAUCAAAUGACAUUCGCAACCCAUCCUCAACCCAGUUCAUGAACCUACAAGAUAACACGUUGGAGGAUCAACGACUUUCUAUUGCUGUUUCAGCUGUCAAUGCAACAGGCGAGUUGCCCAUCGUUGAUUUACCACCCACCAACCAGCUUCAUCUUUUGGAUAUCGAGCCUAUCAUCCUUUCAAGCAGCAACCCUGAAAGUGUGGUGCUUCGUUUCGAUUUGGUUGAGACGUUUGGUGCAUCCCAUGGCAACAACAUCAUUGCACGUGCUACAGCUACUCUUGCCACUGAUCAGAUUUAUACCAAAUCACGGGGAUUCAAAGGACAAGCUCCUGGCAACUCUUCUUUACGUGGUCAGCAAACAGUGCCUAUUAUUCGGUCAUCGACGCUCGAGUACAUUGGCACAGUGGGAUUUGAGUACUUUGUUGUUACGCCUUUCACACACCCCAACAUGACCGUGGGUGAUCGAUACACGUAUUACAAGUCUCUGGAUACCAAGAUCAUUGGACAUCGUGGAUCAGGCAUGAAUCAAAGAUCAUCCCAUUUACAAGUAGGCGAGAAUACAGUGCUUUCAUUUAUCACGGCAGCUUCAUUAGGUGCAGAAUACGUUGAAUUUGAUGUACAAUUGACGAAGGACUUGGUGCCUGUGAUUUAUCAUGAUUGGACUGUGACUGAGACAGGGUUCGAUAUACCUUUGAAUGCCAUCACCAGUGAGCAGUUUUUGAAUUUACGACCCUCCGGACACAUCAAAGAAUACCACACCGGUGUCAGCGAUGAUCAUCCCAAUGGACAACUUUCGCCAAAAGCAGAGAGCAGACCACCUAUCGUUGCACCUGCAUAUGAAUCACCGCCUAGUUCUGAAGAUGAUUCAUCUUCACUUCUUGCCCCUAUUCAAGGAAAACGACGUGCAGCACGAUCCAAUUCGAUGAGUGCCAUAAGCAGCAAACAGAUGCAUGGACGUACGCUUGCUUCAAAACGACUCGAACUCACGCGCACCAACAAGCUCGGUAAACUCAAAGGCAAUGGUCCUGAAAGUAUUCAAGCACCUUUUACCACAUUGGCUGAGGCACUCAAGAAAAUUCCAAAGACGGCAGGGUUGAACAUUGAAGUCAAGUAUCCAAUGGUGGAUGAGGCUGAAGGCGAUGAGCUGUAUCAAUUCCAAGAAAUCAAUAUUUUUGUCGACACCAUCCUUGAAUGCGUCUAUGAUCAUGCAGCACAAGAUCGUCGUAUCAUUUUUUCAUCUUUCCAUCCCGAAAUUUGCGUCGCUUUGAACCUCAAGCAGCCAAACUAUCCCGUGUUCUUUUUGACAGAUGCUGGUACCUUAUCAGUGGCCGAUGUGCGUUGUAACUCACUCCAAGGUGGUAUGCGAUUUGCUAAGCAGGCGGAUUUAUUGGGUAUUGUGGCUGCAAGUGAACCUAUCUUACAAGCACCUCGCAUGGUCAAGGUUAUCAAAGAAUCCGGAUUGCUGCUGUUUACGUAUGGUGUGCUCAACAACGUGGUUGGAAAUGCACUCGCACAACGCAACUAUGGAGUAGAUGCGGUCAUUGUGGACUCUGUGGUUGCUGUACGAAAAGGAUUGCGAGGCGAUAAUCAAGUAUCAGCGUAA